AUGGACAGGGUUAAGUUUAAGGUGAACGGAGUCGAGAGAACAGUCGGCUGCGAGGUGAGCUCACAUGUUACGCUACUUGAUUACCUUCGACGAUGGCUCGAGCUACGAGGGACGAAGUACAUGUGCCAGGAGGCUGGUUGCGGCGCUUGCAUCGUCAGCGUCGUUAAGAGUCAAGGAGCCCCAGUGGAAGGGGUGAACGCUUGCAUGGUAUCCGUGACGUCAUGCCACGGAUGGGACAUCACCACGAUAGAGAAAAUUGGCAACAGGUUGGAUGGAUACCACCCGCUGCAGAAGAGCCUUUACGAGAACAACGGCACUCAAUGUGGGUACUGCAGCCCGGGAUGGAUCAUGGCUAUGUACAGCCUCUUAAAGAAAAAGAAAAUGACGAUGUUGGAAAUUGAGCAGUCCUUAGGUAGCAAUAUCUGCAGAUGCACUGGCUACAGACCGAUUUUGGAUGCGUUCAAAAAAUUCGCUGCCGAUUGCCCAGAGCCGUAUCACGUCAUAGAUAUUGAAGACUUGAGCAUUUGCAAGAAGAGUGGUGAAACCUGUUCCAAAGAUUGCGAUGACUUCGAGUGGUGCAUGGUAUCUAAAGAAGACGUAAAACAACCGACUGUGCUACACAUUAGGCUCAGCGAUAAUAGAGACUGGUACAGAGUUGAAGAUGUUGUCGAUAUUUUUAGGAUUUUGAAUAUACACGGUACAGACUCUUACAUGCUUAUAGCUGGGAACACCGCUAAAGGUGUUUAUCCGAUUCUCGAAUAUCCUCGAGUUCUAAUAGAUGUGUCCGCUGUACCGUCCCUCAAGGGCUACUUCUUGCAACAGAACUUGGUGAUCGGGGCUGGAAAUACCCUUACGGAGUUACUGGAAAUCUUUGACACGAUGUGCAAGAAGGAUAAUUUUGAGUAUCUAAAUGUGUUUAUAGAGCAUCUAAAGCUAGUUGCGCAUAUCCCGUUGAAAAAUAUCGGCACAAUCGCUGGCAAUUUGAUGAUUAAAAACAAGCACAAAGAAUUCAGUUCUGAUAUUUUUUUACUUCUAAAUACGGUUGGGGCAGAACUCGCUAUAAUGAAUAGCUCAGGAGCUGUAAACAGAGUGAACAUGAACGAUUUUCUCAAAUUGGAUAUGAGGGGAAAAGUUUUAAUGAAUAUACUUUUGCCGCCACUUAAUAACAAUUAUAUUAAAAUUGUCACUUACAAGAUAAUGCCACGAUCUCAAAGCGCUCACGCAAUUGUGCACGCCGGUUUUACUUAUAAGAUCAACGAGGGCAGGGUCCUGGACUGUAGGAUAGCUUAUGGUGGUUUGUCGCCAGACUUCACCAGAGCUCUCAGAACAGAAAGGUACCUCAUCGGGCGGAACCUCUUCAACAAUGAAACCUUGCAAGGAGCUAUAGCAGUCUUAGAUCAAGAGAUGGUUGUCGACGAUAAUCCACCGGAAAAGUCAGUGCCGUAUAGACGGAAAUUGGCUCUAGGUCUAUUUUAUAAGGGUCUUUUAUCAAUAUGUCCGCCAGAGGUCGUAUCUCCUCGAUACAGAUCAGCCCCAAUUAAGCUUCGGGACGCGAGGACUUUGUCUGAUGGAAGACAAAUUUUUGAUACAAACCCCACUCUUUGGCCUCUGAAUAAACCUUCACCAAAAUUUGACGGACUGAUCCAAUGUGCGGGCGAAGCUAAAUAUUCUGAAGACGUUCCAUCCUUUCCAAAGGAGGUGUUUGCAGCAUUCGUCCUUGCUUCAGUCGGUCUAGGAACUAUUCAACAGAUAGAUGCAAGUGUAGCAUUGAAUGAACCCGGUGUUAUUGCAUUCUAUAAAGCUUCUGAUAUCCCGGGAACAAAUAGUUUUACACCGGGAGGUAGCCCAUUCUUUUUAGCAAACGAAGAAAUUCUUUGUGAGAAAGAAGUAAAAUUUUAUAACCAACCACUUGGAAUCAUAGUUGCAGAAACACAACACGCAGCCGAUAAAGGUGCAGUGUUGGUUAAAGUGACUUACAGGAAUGUAAGAAAACCAGAGAUAGAUAUUAAGAAAACUAAGAAGGACCCCAAGAGGAUUUCAUUGUUCUCUACAAUUCCAGCGACUAAACGAGGGAACGAGGUUGCAAAAGUGAUAAACGGAGAAAUGACGAUAUAUUCGCAAUAUCACUUUUGCAUGGAGACGUUAGUUUGCGUUUCUCAUCCGACCGAAGAAGGAAUAAAGUUAUAUUCAACGACGCAAUGGAUAGAUUCAGUGCAGCGAAUGGUCGCGAGAGCGUUAAAAAUUCCACAAAACAAAAUUGACGUAUUUCUCCGCCGCCUCGGCGGUGCUUACGGAAUGAAAAUAUCUAGGGGGACGCAAGCAUCAGUUGCCUGCGCCUUCGUAACACACAAACUUAACCGACCUUGUCGAUUUAUUCAAUCGCUCAAAAAUAACAUGAGAUACGUUGGGAAGAGGUUCCCUUGUUCAAUUAACUUUGAGUUUGCAGUUAACAGUGAAGGAGUCAUACAAUAUAACAAUUAUGAAUUAUUCGAAGACAAUGGAUACGUGGUGGAUGAACCUAUCGCCAUUUUAGGAGCCGACGUCUUUAACAACUGUUAUGACAAUUCGAGUUGGGAGUACAAACUCUACAAUGCUACGACAGACACGCCAUCAAACACUUGGUGUAGGUCACCUGGCUCUUUAGAAGUUAUUGCAAUGGCUGAAUGGUUAAUGGAAAGGAUCUCGUAUGAGAUGAACUUGGAUCCUCUGAGUGUACGUCUCGCUAAUUUAGACAGAGAUAAUCAUAAUGACAUAAAUGAAUUGAUAAACACAUUAAAGCAAAACUCUCAGUUUGAAGAACGACGGCUCGCUGUCAAAGAAUUUAAUUCUGCAAACAGAUGGAAGAAACGAGGCAUCAGACAUUCACUUUUAAGGUGGACACCCGUUGGAUCAUUAUACCUCACCAUAAAUAUUGCUGUUUAUGCUGAUGAUGGUACCGUUAUUCUAACUCAUGGCGGUGUUGAAAUGGGACAAGGAGUCAACACAAAAGCAGCGCAAAUUUGCGCUUAUUAUCUAAAAAUACCAGUUGAAAAAGUUCAAGUAAAACCUAAUGAUACCACUAUAUCACCCAACUGUUUUGUGUCUGGAGGUAGUAUAACGUCUCAAUUUGUCGGUGUUGGUAUACAAAAAUGUUGUCAAGAGUUACUGAGGAAGUUAGAACCUAUCAGAAACAAAAUGGAAAAUCCUACUUGGGAGGCGUUAAUAAAAUCUGCUGGAGAAGCAGAAGUGGAUCUACAAACUCACUCUGUGACUGGAAUGACUGAUGUACGAAAUUAUCAUGUGUAUGGGGUGACGUGUGCUGAAGUAGAAAUCGAUGUACUGACUGGGGAAUGGAACAUAAUAAGAGUGGACCUGAUAGAGGAUGUUGGACGCAGUGUAAACCCUGAAAUUGAUAUUGGUCAGGUGGAAGGUGCCUUUGUUAUGGGCUGUGGGUACUGGACAACAGAAGAAUUGGUGUUCAACAAGAACACGGGAGAACUUUUAACGGAUCGAAGCUGGCACUAUUGGGUGCCUCAGGCGAGGGAUAUACCGCAAGACUUUAGGAUAUACUUUAGGAAGAAGUCUUUUAGUACCGAAUAUAUUUUAGGAUCAAAAGCAACUGGUGAGCCUGCGACUUGCAUGGGAGUAGUGAUACCAAUAACAAUGAGGGAAGCUAUCGUCGACGCCAGGAAAGAGUCGGGACUGCCCAGUGACAUUUGGUUUUUAAUAGAUGGCCCUUACACAGUGGAGGAAAUUUGUCUAGCUUGCGAAACUGAUGUAAAAGAUUUCAAAUUUUAUUAG